UUGCACAGUUCAGAGCAGGUUUGAAGAGGGCUACUGAAGGUCUUAAUGUGUGUUUCAGGUGGACCCUGUGUACUCAGGCCAGGUCCACUAUGUGGACGGGGAGUCCAGCUACACCUCCACCCCAACUGUACGGUCAGGAGGCUACCCUUACUCGCCCCUGUACUCCCAGACUCCGCCCACCUCCUCAUCCUACUACGACGCCCCGCCCUCCUCUGAGUCGGACGUCUCUGAGUCCGUAGGCGCGCAACCCGUUGCCAUGGGGACGGGAGGCGGAGGCUACCUCCUCCAGGGGAACUACGUCCUGGCCGGGGGGGGGGGCGGAGCGCAGGGAUACGGAAACACCAACUCACGGGCGCCGCCCGCCACGGUGCAGUGGCUGUGUGAGAACUACGAGGGGGCGGAGGGGGUGAGCCUUCCGCGCUGCACCCUGUACUGCCACUACCUGCUGCACUGCCAGGAGCACAAGCUGGAGCCCGUCAACGCCGCCUCCUUCGGGAAGCUGAUCCGCUCUGUGUUCAUGGGCCUGAGGACACGCAGGCUGGGCACCAGGGGUAACUCUAAGUACCACUACUACGGCCUGCGUAUCAAGUCCGGCUCCCCGCUGCUGAGGCUGAUGGACGAGCAGCAGCACCUGGCCAUGAGGCAGCAGCCGUUCAGCCAGAAGCACAGGACCAAGCCGGUGCAGAAGGCGGAGAGCUUCACCAAUGGGCUGUCGGGGGGGGCGGGUCUUCAGACGGCCGGCCUUGGGGACAUCUCAUCCCAGGUGCAGCAGUACCAACAGUUCCUGGAUUCCUCCCGCCAGCUGCCCAGCCUCGGGGAGGUGGACCUUGGGGGCUACGGGCUGCCUGAGGGGGUCCAGCUGGAGCACAUCAAGGCCUUCCAGAGCCUGUACCGGGAGCACUGUGAGGCCAUCCUGGACGUCAUGAUCAACCUGCAGUUCAUCCUGGUGGAGACGUUGUGGAAAUCCUUCUGGAGGUUCAGCCUGAGCAACGAGCCGCAGUCCCUGAGCCUGCACAACGAGUCCGAGAAGCGUCUCCCCAAAGCCUGCCUGGUGGUGCUGUGUAAGUUUGAGCCGGUGCUGAACUGGACCAAAGACUGUGACAACGUGCUGUACCAGACGCUGGUGGAGGUCCUGAUCCCAGAGGUGCUGAGGCCCAUCCCCAGUGCCCUGACCCAGGCCAUCAGGAACUUUGCCAAGGGUCUGGAGAGCUGGCUGACCAACGCCAUGAUGAACGUCCCCGAGGACAUGGUCCGCAUCAAGGUGGCGUGUGUGUGUGCCUUCUCCCAGACGCUGCGUCGCUACACCAGCCUGAACCACCUGGCGCAGGCCGCGCGCGCUGUGCUGCAAAACUCCGCCCAGAUCACCCAGAUGCUCUCGGACCUCAACCGCGUGGACUUCACCAACGUCCAGGAGCAGGCCUCCUGGGUGUGCCGCUGUGAGGAGGACCUGGUCCAGAGGCUGGAGCAGGACUUCAAGAGCACCCUGCAGCAGCAGAGCUCCCUGGAGCAGUGGGCGGGCUGGCUGGACGGCGUGGUGACCCGCGUGCUGAAGCCCUUCGACCUCAACCCCGCUGCCCUGCCCAAGGCCGCCAAGCUCUUCCUGCUCAACUGGUCCUUCUACAGCUCCAUGGUGAUCAGGGACCUGACCCUGCGCUCCGCUGCGUCCUUCGGGUCCUUCCACCUGAUCCGUCUGCUGUAUGAUGAGUACAUGUACUACCUGGUGGAGCACCGCGUGGCCGGGGCCCGCGGACAGACGCCCAUCGCCAUCAUGGGAGAGUUUGCCAGCAGUGCUAAGGGCCGCAGCUCCCUGGACAUAGAGAAAGAAGAGGAAGAGGAGGAUGAGGAUGAGGAGAGCGAGGAGGACGGCGGCGGCGAGCUCCUGCUGCACUCAGGCUCCGCCCCCCUGCCCCCCGGGAAGGAGGAGGUCAUGGAGCCCCCGCCCAAGAUGUCCAGGGGGGGCCUGUUCCCCUCAGACUGAGACCACACACACACGUUGUGCAUCGCUUGCUAUAGUCCACAUACCCCCCCCCCCCGCUGCAGGGCCUUCUCAGGGUGUACUGAGUGUUUCUACGCUGAAUGUGUCUGGUGUUUUCUGAAGAUGGGAGGUUCUGAUUGAAUGGUCCUGCGUUGCCAUGGUCCCCUGCCUCUUCCUGUACCCUGUUACCAUGGUCCCCCUGCCUGUAUCGUGUGUUGCCAUGGUCCCCUGCCUCUGCCUGUAUCGUGUGUUGCCAUGGUCCCCUGCCUGUAUCGUGUGUUGCCAUGGUCCCCUGCCUCUGCCUGUAUCGUGUGUUGCCAUGGUCCCCUGCCUCUGCGUGUAUCGCUCCCUGUGCCUUCCUGUGACUCCGGGUCCGAUAGCUUUAUCCGAGACCCGCUCGUCGUCAUGGAGACGAUGAGCCAAUAGGACAGAACGUACCUUGACUGAUUCAUUGCCUCUGAGCAGUGCCUACAGCCCUGAGACUGGACAGCGGUCGUUGCUUGUUUUACUGACUUCUCAGCGUCGCCAUAACGAUAUUAACACCUCAAGUGCAAAUCAAUUAUUUUAUGGAUUCUUUUAUUUUGUAAUAAUUUGGCCGAAUAACAAAUGGCCUUUUAAAUGUGCCUUUUAAAGAGAUUUUUAAUGUGGAGAUAUUGUAUCACGAGAAAUAAAUGAUCCUUUGCUUUAAUGGAUUCUGCCGUUGUAGUCGCUAACGACUCCUAAGGGUCAUCCUCACACGGAUUGGGUCGCGGGGCCGGUGUAACCAAGGAACGCAACCGGUUUCCAUGGCAACCCCAGUGCCUACUUUGAUGUCACAUCUCAACAGGGAGCCUCUUUAGGGAUCUUUCUGUGUAUUUAAAUACUUAUAUACCUACACUGAAGGUGUAGAUUAUGUCAAUUUUCAGAGAACUAUGUGAAGUCCUUUAGGAAACGCUAUUGCUGUCAAGUCUUUUUGGUUUUUCUAAAGGUUUGCUAUAUUUUGUACAAAUGCAGAACGAUAAGAGACCCAUGGGAGUCUACAGACUGCUUAUCAUUCAUAUUCCUAAUUACAUGUUCAUUCAAAUCCUUUGACCUUUUGUAAAACAAACAAAAACAAAGUGAUACAUCACCCCUAAAUUUGUAACUGUUGAGAUAAAACAAUCAUUUGAUAAGGCAAGUAAAUACUGACCUGUUUUGCAUGUUUUUGUUACCUAAAGUCCUGUUCCCAUGAUGUACUCAAUAAAUUACAAGGUGAAACUGGA